UAGUUGCCCUGUCAAAAAAAGUCGUGUGCAGUCGAACUUGCCAGAGUGCCGACUUGUCGUUAAAUUUAACAAUUAAAAGGUGAACUUUUGAGUAAUAAUAGAGCGCCACUUAAAGUUUGUCGUAAUGGGAACAUUAUAGUCUGUGUUCAAGUUAUCAUCUUAACGAAUACCAGAAGAACCAAGGCACAUGACAAGCUUCUAAGUAUAGAAAGACUCUCGCCACGUCAUUGAAUUAGUGUGCAUAUAGAAUCGACUUGUCGUAGUAGUCGUCAGCAAACGCGAAUUGUGAUUUACUGCACAACUAAAAUGUCGAUGUAUGAUAAUUGUGUGUGUCCAAGGAUCUGGGUGUCUUUUUUCUUGUUUCUAGUGAUGCUUGGUAAAAGUACUGGAUUCUAUAUCCCGGGAGUUGCCCCUGUAGAGUUUAAAAGUGGAGACAAAAUUGAAGUCAAAGCAAUCAAGUUAACUAGCACACACACACAGCUCCCUUAUGCUUACUACAGCCUGCCCUUCUGUCGUCCAAAAAAUGACAAAUUUGAAUUCAAAUCGGAAAAUCUGGGAGAAGUUCUAAGGGGUGACAGAAUCGUGAACACUCCCUAUGAAGUCAAGAUGCUAAAAGAUGUUAAAUGCAAACUGCUGUGCCAUAGUCCUGAAACACCAAUGACGUGGGAGGAAUCCAUGGCCAAAGAUGUAAUCAGCAAAAUUGAACAUGAAUACUUUGUUCACUUGUUGGUUGAUAAUUUACCCUGUGCAACACGAGUCAUCAAUCAAGAUUCUGACAAUAUUCAAUAUGAGCAUGGUUACAGACUGGGAUUCCUCCACAAUCAAAAUGUUGCCUUGAAUAAUCACUUGAAAAUCAUUCUUCAUUACCACAGUGAAGACGCUGAAAACUAUCGAGUUGUCAGGUUCGAAGUUGAAACACGUAGCGUAUCACAUGAAGACAUCAAGUUCAAAGAAGAUUCUUGUGAAUUUUCUGAUAACGCUCGUCCUCAGUACAUCAGCCGUGUGGGAAAAUCGAAACUGUUCUUUACCUAUUCGGUGGAAUGGAAACAGUCUGAUGUGAGAUGGGCUUCUCGUUGGGAUUCUUAUUUAGCGAUGAGUGACGUGCAAAUCCAUUGGUUUUCCAUCGUCAAUUCAUUGAUCGUGGUCUUUUUCCUUUCGGGAAUUCUUACCAUGAUCAUCAUCCGAACUCUUCGACGAGAUAUUGCAAAGUAUAAUCAAGAUGACAGCAACGAUGAAACAAUGGAAGAAUCUGGAUGGAAACUUGUUCAUGGAGACGUGUUUCGUCCUCCCAGAUAUCCGAAACUAUUUGCUGCCGUAAUUGGUAGCGGGAUACAAAUUUUCUGCAUGGCGGUGGUGAUUUUGUUUUUUGCCAUGCUUGGCAUGCUCUCACCGGCGUCGCGUGGAGCUUUGAUGACAGCUGCAAUUUUCUUGUACGUUUUCAUGGGGUUGAUUGCUGGAUAUCACUCUGGACGUCUUUACAAAACUAUGAAAGGCAAAGAAUGGAAACGAGCUGCAUUCCUCACAGCCAUCCUUUAUCCUGGCUUCAUGGCAGCAAUGGGAUUUUUCCUCAACUGUUUCAUUUGGGGAAAACACAGCAGUGGAGCUGUCCCGUUUACAACAAUGCUCAAGCUUUUGUGCUUGUGGCUCUUCAUUUGCUUCCCUUUGGUGUUUGUCGGUUAUUACUUUGGUUACCGAAAAGCGCCUUUUGAACAGCCUGUAAGAACUAACCAAAUUCCUCGGCAAGUACCUGAACAAUUAUGGUAUAUGAAUCCCAUUCUUUGUUCUUUAAUGGCUGGCAUUCUUCCAUUUGGAGCCAUGUUUAUUGAGUUGUUCUUCAUCUUCACUGCAAUUUGGGAGAAUCAAUUCUAUUACUUGUUUGGAUUCCUUUUCUUGGUUUUCAUCAUUUUGGCCAUCUCGUGUUCACAAAUUGCCAUCGUUAUGGUUUACUUUCAGCUAUGUGGAGAGGACUAUAAUUGGUGGUGGCGCAGUUUCGUCGUGUCCGGUGGCUCAGCCAUCUACGUUUUCGCCUAUGCUGUAUUCUACUUUGUGACGCAGUUGGAGAUCACGGAAUUCACUCCGACUCUCCUAUACUUUGGAUAUACUGCACUAAUGUGCUUUACCUUUUGGUUACUAACGGGCACGAUUGGCUUCUACGCUGCUCACUUUUUCGUGCGGAGGAUCUAUGCCGCAGUCAAAAUCGAUUAGAUUCUAAAUUUAUUUGUUUGUUUUAUGGUACCCAAAACAGUGACACUUUCGGUUAUAUCAAUUUAUUGGCUGAAUACUUGGGACAAUGAAAGAAAUCGCAGGGCAAUCACACUGUAGUGUCCAUUUUGUCCGUACCUUCGUCAAUCUCCAAUAAACGUGGUCCGUAAAGAA